AUAACAUCAAAACUUCUUUCCCAUCUUCACGCGAGACAGAGACGCUCCACAUUCGGCAUGAACGCAUACGCCGUUCGUGAGUACGUGUGUACGUUCGUACACGUUCAUAGAAGGCACAAAGAUACUCAAGUUAUGGAAAGUUCGUUUGUUGCUUCGUUCGUCAGGGAUGAAAAUUUGGGAGAGCACCGAGCCCGUAGUUGUUGUUCAAAAGUUUGCGGAUAAGAAACGUGAACUCGGGGCGAAAUCCGACCACUUCUAUUUCAUGCAGUCUCACAUCAGUCUUUUUUGUGCUUGCGUGAAGAAGCCCAAGGCAUGAAAUAUGUCGAGUUCAAUUCCUUGACCCUCCAGUUACUGUUAUUGUGGAUUGUUCGAAAUAUUGGACUGGGGAAAAGCUAGACACCAGUGCGGAACAAAGACGUGUUUUAGGAUCUAGACUUGAAUAGUGGAAUGUGCUUGUGAUUUUAGUGAUGCCGGUGCCUUGAUCGUCUGUCUGCUCGCUCCUCUCGAGUGCUUUUUGAUUAGAAAACGACGGCGUGGCUCUUUUCCAUGGGAAAUGGAGCAAAAUCUGGAGGAAACUCGCUCCAAUCAUUGACCUUGACUCAUUGUUAGUACAACAGGGAUUGAAGGGACAAGAAGAACGCGAGUUGGUGAUGCGUUGUAAAAAACUGCAUCGAUAGACCGGCAACAAACACGACAAACUUGUUUCUUUGUUUGUGGCUGGCUACCCUUCGGUGGUCGGUCGGUGGUCGGUGAUCGGUGGAAAAAGGGUGGAUGGAUGUUUUCCUCUCAGCGAUUUGCUUCACUAAACGAGGCCCGGUCAGGAAAAGAAAUUCUCUGAUCUGAGGCAACAAUGGAUAACUCGAGGAACGACCGUGGACGGCACACCGACCGAUGUUGACUUGCCAUAAACGGCCAUGACCACUAAACCCAAUCCAGUUUGACAGGCUCCAAGAAAUCUGUGCGAUUUUGCCAUCAGUGCAAAAACAUGUUGGGCUACUACUGACUGGCAAUCAUCGUUCAUUUGUGCGACGGGAAGGAAAUUUCGUCACUCGUCGGAAAAAUUCAGUGGCCUGAUUGGAGACAUUGAAAAAUCAGACUGAGUGAUCCAUAUUGCACGAGGAAAUCCCUGCCAUCUUUUUACCCGAGCAAAGUGUACAGAUCUAUUUCUUCGUCGGAGUUCAACCUCACUCCACUUCUUUGCUUGAACUUGGGAAAGUAAAGAAUGUUGUCGCCACCCCAAGAUCUAAGAAGUUAGUUUACGAGCUUCAAUCUUUUCCUUCAAAGGUGUUUGGAUUGUCGAAAAGGAUUAUUUAAUGGCCCAAUCCUAUCCCAUCUGCAAGGUGGAGUAUGGAUGUGCUCGAAUGUUUUGAUACCAGGAAAAAGCUCUUGAUUCCGGUGUCAUGAAUGAGCUCUGCGGAAUUUUGUCCAGGAAUAAGUCCAGUAUGGGCACAUGCAUGCAUUUUUGUUCUGGAAUGAAUACAGGAAGACGGAAUACCUUCAUGCUCUUCCCAGAAAUCCUCCUUUAAACUGUUUGACUUUCAUGACUUUUCGCUUAGAUAGAACAGGCAGGAAUAUUGCCAAUCCAUAACAAGAUGAGCUAAGAUAGCCAGGCGACAAGUGCAAAAUAUCUCAUCGUUCAUUAAACCGAAUGCCACAACUACAGUACCGCGGCCGACAUUUCGACAAGGUGUCCAAUGUGCAUUUGUACUCGAGCAUAAGAAAAUAAGCUUCACCACACUUUGACUUGUGCUAACUUGUCUCGAUUGAAAGAGGUUGGACAAGCUGGAUGUUUUCCCAUCAUCAGUCACUCUCCUGCUCCAGAGUUCUCGGGAACAAGCUUCUCGCUCCUAUUGAUAUGAGGAUUCGGUGUCAUUGUCUUGUUAUACGAGAACCUUUUGUUCCAUGCAAGUGAUCUCACCAUGGGGACAAGAAAAAAAGACUUGCGAAAGAAGCAGGUGGCGGUCGUAGAAUCUCUCCCUAAUGUUUUUAUUCGUGAUGGGAUAUCACCGCCCAAAAGUUGUCAAGGCUCUGUGCGCAGCUCCGUGAAGAGACGUCCCAGCUUUGUGGUGCGACCGCCAGGCAUCGCCAACCAUGGUUCUCCACUCAAAUCGAAUGGGGGCAGUUUAAAAAAAUCCGCCAACAAAUCCAAUACUCGCCUCCUCAAGUCCAGUCUACUGAAGGUCAUCAGCAAUAGCAGCAGUGUCAGUACUGGCAGCAACUCCAGUGGGAGCAUCAGUAGUCGGGAUGGCCAUUCCGGUGGCUACAAUCUAGAAAUGGGUUCCAAAAGCGAGUUUUUUGAGGAGAGUAAACUUCGGGAUCUUCCAGGUUGUUCCCUUGAGUUGACGGCUGACCAAAGGGAUUCGCUUUUGGUUGAAUCCCCCCAGCUUAGGACAACCUCGGGAACGGUGUCGGUGGGAGAGGGGAAAGAUCGACUUCCUAAACGGGAGAAGGCCCCAAACGGAAACGAGACGGGAUUUAAGAACCGUCAAGUUCCAACCGACAAGUGCGAUGCCAAAGAGGUGGAAAAUCAAAAUCCAACACAACGACCUAAUUCGGUUCUGCCUGUCACUCCCCUUCUCGUCCACCUUCUCAAAUUGGGUUUGGCGAGUGCUGACCUACAAAAUGAAAGAUCAAAGACCUCUCCUUCUGUCGAGAACGACCCUCAAGAAAUUUCGAGAGCUGCCCCUGGAACCAACAACGCAGAGAGACAAGAACCCUCAAAUUUGGGUCAGUCACCAAACAAGUUGGAAAAUCUUACAGAUUGGACCACUUCUGAUCUAGACAUCAUUUUGAAGGAACUCGAGUCUAUCCAAACCCACCAAGGAAAAGAAGGAGCUUCUGUCCAAAAAGAGUGCCCAACAUUAAAGAAUCCUGCCUCAGAUGUCAAUCUUCCGAAACCCAACAUAGUUAGCAGUAGCAGCAUGCCAUCAUUCAAUGUGGGAAUGGCAUGCACUUCGGCCCAAACAUCUUCCAAUAGCAAUGGUAAUGGCAAUGGAGGAGGAGGAGGUGUGAGCAAAGGAAAAGGAUCUCAUGGAGGGAGGAUCGAAAGCCCUGACAAUGAUUCAGCCUUCUCCGAUAACGCAUCCAUGCUCUCUAGUGAGAGCUCCUCGAGCGGGAUGUCGGGUUCCAAAAAGGGAGCAGGAAUAGGGGGAGUUCAGCCGCAAUUGCAAAGUCUCCACCAACAGCCGACACAGGCUUCCUUGGUGGCCGAGAAUAAGAAGCUGGAGGACGGCUGCGGUUUGACCAAAGCCAAGCAGAUUAACCUCGCCUUGGAAAAGUUGACGACGGCUGAAUUGGAAUCUGGAUGUGGAGCCUUGGGAGGCGGUCCAUUCCAUUCAUUGCCCGGAGCAGGAGAUGCAGCGAAGAAACUUUUCGUCAAGUUCUUCUGUGCUGACGGGUCCACCAAGUCAAUUUUGGUCGAUGGAGCCAUGUGCGUCGGGGAUAUCUUGGACAUUCUAAUUGAAAAGAAUCAUGUGCAACCUGAGCCAUCCUGGGGAUUGGUAGAGCACAUCCCAGAACUCUAUAUGGAAAGAUGUCUAGAGGAUCAUGAAAAUAUGUUCGCUAUUCUUGGUCUGUGGCGUCCUGAGGCUAAAAACAAAAUACUGUUUGUCCCAAGAACCGAACGGUAUGACCUCUUUCGUCGACCUGAAAGGUACCUCCUGGGUAUCGGUCCUCGACAAAAGUCAUCACAAGAGAAAUGGGACCAAGACGCUCGUCAAUCCCUCCUCCAUGAAGUCUUCUUCCAAGACCAAGACCUCCCGCAUUCCUCCAACAAUGGGGAUCCCAAUGGAAGUGCCGAAAUUGAAGGCCCACUAUGGAUCAAGUCUGAAGGGAAAAAGACUUGGAAAAAGUAUUAUUUCAUCUUGAGGCAGUCAGGUCUAUAUCAUGUUGCAAGGGGUAAGAAACCAAUCCCUUGUCCUGAAAAGGAUCUGAUUCCUGUGGUUCCUUCCUUUGGGCCUUGCCAAGUGUACCAAGGCGUUGGAUGGAAGAAGAAAUUCAAAUCUCCGACAGACUUCACAUUGGCCGUGAAGCCACCCCACAUCCAAGUCAAAAGCCCUAAGCACAUUCGAUACAUUUGUGCCGAGAGUGAGAUUGUAUUACAACAGUGGUACACCAUGAUAAGAAUUCUCAAAAAUAAGAAACAGAUGCUGGAAAACUAUAACCUGGCUUUGGCCAAAAUGCAAAUUGGGACAGGGAAGGAAGAACUGCGUCAAGAGUUGUUGCUUCAAAAGGCUACUGGAUUGGCCUCACAUUUCCAAGACCCGGGAACCUAUUCACAACAGCAAAACGAUCCAAUUAAUCCUCGUAAUGUGACAGGAGACUCGAGGCUCACUGCGAGUGGAAGUCACGGUGGAUCCAAUUCUGAGCAAAAUUCCUUUUUGGCAGAGGAUCAACUUUCUGACACUUGUUGUCACGCCCAAAGACAACUCGAUGGCUCCUUGACUUCCACCAAUGGAACCUCCUCUAGUGGAGGAAGCAUGCCCUCCAGUAGCAAUACGAGCAUUAGUAGUGGUUGUGUGAGUGAGACCUCAUCGGUCUCUGAGAAUGGUUUCGACGCAGACUUCCAUGAUGGUGGCACGAUCAAGCGAAAGCCCGGCAAUGCACAUGGAUACAUGUCAGCGGCAGCUAACUUCAGCAUGGACGAAGAUGAUGACGACGACGAUCCAGAUGGCGAGGAUCGAACCACACCCACGCCAGGCCUAAAUCAAGGAUCAGGCUUCAUUGAGAUGGGCGAAGCGAUGCGAAGGCCAAAUCUGAGCAAUAUGUCUAAGGAAGGUUCUCUACCACCCCCACCAAAAUUAGAAGACCUGAGAUCAAUGCCAACGGCAAAUAUACCGUUGACCCCAACUCUGUCUAAUCUACAACGAUCUGGCAGUGACAUGAGCCUAAAUUCCUUGCCACCUCCACCCGAGGAGUUGAAAUUUCCCCUUAGAUAUCCACUCGGUGCAUCUGGUGUCAUAAACAGUCAUCACCUAAUCUUACCGCAAGCAUCUGUUCCUGGGAGCUCGGAUCCUAUCGCUGGAAACCUUUUUAAAGGGAGCCAGUUCAGUAACUUCAGUUUGCCUCCGUUCAACACCCCCACCUCCAUAAUACGUCCAAUGAGCUCAACAACAGGGCCCUCAUGCACUUCACAGACUGUCCCACAUCAGUUCCCUUAUCUCCAACCGCAGGCAGGAUCUGCCGCAGUGUACGGUUCCCCGAUCUCUCACCCUCCACAUGCAGCGGCAGUAGCAGCCAAAGCUGAAGCGGCAGUACGAUCUGUCACGAGUUCUUGCCAGCCCUUGGGAUUACCCUUACCUCAAACCAAUUUACAUGCUCAUCAAGUAAGGGAUCACAUGGCGACAUCUGUUUCCACUUCCACUUACAUGGUCCGAACGAGCGACCCCCCUUCGUCAUCAACCUCACAUUCAGCGAUCCCAACUUCUGGCGCCUUCAUGCUCCAGCAAUCUCAAAGGAAUUUUGGAGAGGCUACCAACCAUUCCCUUCAAAGUCAAAUAGGAGCGGCUAAUGGAGUGGCUCCUCGUCUUCUGCCAUCCACGUCUUUGUCAAGUCAAGGACUUGUGCCUACCUCAACCAUUCAGUCACAUUACGGUGGACCAGGUUUUGUUGGAGGCCAGCCGAACUCGAUGGCAUCAGGAGCAGGAGGAAUGAUGGUUCACCCAACUCAUGCCUACUCGGCCCAACCGCAAGGCACUCGCUCGGAUGGAAACGAUGGAGAAGAAGCCACAAGGGAUCAACUGUACCCUUGUGGCGUUUUCCGGGCCGUUCAUCCCUCGAGGAAUCCUCUGAUGCUUGAUCAAGAAAUUUACCCAAGUCAGCCCCUUUGUCAUCAUGAGCAGCCAAUCCCGGUGAAUGCCAAUUCCACGAUGGGUUCUCAGCCCUCGCAGAUGGAUUUGUUAAAACGAUUGCCCAAUAGUGCUCCGCCCAAGCCAUUCAACGGAGGUCCAGUCAACUCAACUCAACCUCAAGCCCUUCACGAAAACUUUAUGGCAUCCACAACCCAAAGACUUAAUGAAUGGAAUCAAGCCUAUUCCCAACAGGCUCAUAUGGCUAGUCAAAACCCUGCCAGCGUUAGUUAUCGAAGAAAGCGCAUUACCUUUGAUGAGGUAGUGCUUCAUAUUAAUCUCAAUUCGAGUGAACCUCUCAAAUCCGCUCCGAAUUCGAGUGGUGCUCCAGAUCCUAAUCCUGAGCCGACCACCUCUUGGCUACAUGUCUCAGGGGAACCAUUUCCUACACCCUGCAGCAGCGUGAGAAAUCCUCAUCCAGGAAGAUUAUUUGAAGCCGAGAGUCAGCAGGCUAAGGAUACUCCACCACGAGCUUUUUUGAAUGACCUACAACGAGUGAUGAAGAAGAAGUGGUCGGUAGCCCAAAGGUUCCAUCACACGACCCCACAGCCAAAUUCAACGAAAGGCCCAGCUACUGUUCUUAAAAACAAAGAAGAAAUAGAGGCCGAGCAAGAGCAAGCCGAGCGAUUCGCUAACCAUUACAAUGAAAGAGAUGUAUCCAAAUGGAUCCUCCAGUCCUUGAAGCACUCGCACAUUCAAGAAACGGACAUGUCUCAAGACUUAAUGGACUGUCAUCUGUCAAGCAAGCCCCAAUCUCAAGUUAGGCUGGUGGAUGCAAAUAACGCUUUGUGUCGAAGAGGCCCACUUGAAGGAUCCCCAUCACUGACCGCCGCUUGCCCAUCAUCGGUCCCUCCAUCCAAUGCAUCCUUGGCACUUGCCCAUCAACAGCGUCCAAAAAUAUAUAACGGGCGGAGCGUUCCCAAUUGCUUCCCACCGACCUCGAUUGCGGCCCCCAGUCAGACCCCAUUGCCGCCUUUUUCCAACUUGAGCACCCCCACCCCCAACCAGUACUACAUGAUCAAUAAUAACACCGUGCCAAAUCUAGCGGUGGAUGAUAACAGCAUGUACGGCACACAACACUUAAUGCCAUCUUCAACCACGCCCUCCAUGGGACAAUCCCCAGCAUUGGCUCGCCCCAAUGCACUAGUGUUAGGGAAAAUGCCCCCAGCUCCCCCAAGGCGGAGCAUGAAAACACACCUCACCAGUCCAAGAUGAGUUGAAUGUAUUGACAAUUGCAACCGAGACCAACUCGAUCUUCAAUCUUUUACGAAUAAGCUUAUCCGUCAUGAGAUCUCCCAGAUAGAAAUCAAAUCAUGGAGUAGAUGCCCUUCAAAUGAUUCGACGCCAUUUGCUCGACCCCCAAUGAACCAGCCAAGUUAAACUUGGUUUUUGUUUGGCAGUUUACUACGCUAUCUUCUUUUGUACAAAAGUUGAUGAACAAUGGGUAGGAGGAGUCUUUUGAAAUAUUCCUUACGAACUUGAUAAUUUCGCGAAGCGUUUUAUCGACUGUGACUACUUUUAUACCAAGACAACCACCAGUCAUCGUGACCGUGCAGCCCAUUUUAUACAUUUACUAUCUUCAAGACAUUCUACACUUUUAUCUCAUAAUUCUUAUCCAAUGUUCAUACCUUGCCACAACAUACUAUUUGAUAACGUUCAGGCAACUAUCUCAAUUCUUUAUACCAAUAUAUUACACUACGUGUACCGUGUAUAUUAGUACAUAGGCAAGUGAUAGCAAUUAAUCAACCAAUUCCCGGAAACUUUAACCGCGAAACGUAUUGGCGAAUGUACUGUUUUUACGUGCAACUAUUUCAUUGGAUCUAACUGUCAAUCUUUUUUUUUUAGAGAAUAUACGUUGAUGCGUACGGACAAUAA